AUGGGAGAGAGCGAUUCUAACUCUCCCACGUGGAAAUUUACCCACGACUGGAGACAAAGGUGGGCGCGUUGUCCUUUUGAGAGAAAUGAGACGAAGAAAACAUGCGAGUACAAAUUCCACACAGAGUUUCAGUCUCAUGAGCCCGAAUUCGAUUAUUUGAAAUCUCUGGAGAUAGAGGAGAAAAUCAACAAGAUCAAGUGGUGCCGAAGGCAAAAUGCUUCGCAUUACCUUCUCUCAACCAACGACAAGACCAUCAAGUUAUGGAAGGUGUUUGAAAAGUCUCUCAAGGUGGUAGCGGAAAACAAUCUCUCACAGGAUCUUACCCCCGGCCACCUCCCGGGAGGUGGAACCAACCUCUCACGGCCUUUGAACUAUCAGCAAUUUCGAAACCCGACUGAUCUGAAGCUGCCUCGCUUAACCCACCACGACACUGUUGUUGCCGCUGUGCCACGCCGCACUUACGCCAAUGCACAUGCGUAUCAUAUCAAUAGCAUCUCUGUGAAUAGCGAUGGAGAAACAUUCAUCAGCAGUGAUGAUCUUCGCAUAAACCUCUGGAAUCUCAACAUACAGGAUCAAAGUUUUAAUAUUGUUGACAUCAAGCCUGCUAACAUGGAAGAGCUUACCGAAGUUAUUACGGCCGCUGAAUUUCAUCCUUUGAGCUGUAACUGGUUUAUGUAUGCGAGCUCGAAAGGCACAAUCAAAUUAGCGGAUAUGAGAGAGAGUGCACUUUGCGAUCAACACGCUAAAUUGUUUGAGCAAGAAGAGGACCCAUCAUCGCGAUCGUUUUUCUCAGAGAUCAUCUCAUCCAUCUCUGAUGUCCGUUUCUCGUAUGACGGCCGAUAUAUUCUCUCUCGGGACUAUUUGACGGUGAAAAUUUGGGACAUCAACAUGGAAAGGCAACCCGUGAAGACAAUACCCAUCCAUGAACAUUUGAGGCCUCGACUUUGUGACACUUACGAGAACGACAGCAUCUUCGACAAGUUUGAAGUCGUAUUCUCAGGCGACGCCAAGAAUGUCAUGACUGGGAGCUACAACAAUAACUUCAUGAUAUACCCAUCCGACCCCGACAAGGAGGUUGAAGUGAAAGACGGGUCUCGAGCAGGCAGCCCAGGCGCCGGCCCUGGGCAAAGGAUGCGAAAGGAAACAGAUGCUGACCAAAUCGAUUUCAACAAGAAGAUACUUCACAUGAGUUGGCACCCUUUUGAGGAUAGCAUUGCUAUUGCAGCGACGAAUAAUCUGUUCGUUUUCUCCGCCCUUUAA